GCUAGGUGUCGUGCAUUGUUUACAUCGAGGCGGCCAUAUUCAAGAAAACGAAAACAUCCGGCUAUCUCUUUCAGAUGCAGAAAGAACAAAAUGAUGCAAUCAAGAGUGACAGAUUAUUUUGUCAAGUGAAAAUUUGAUUGUUGCAUUUGAAUAUAUAUAUACAAAUAACAUGGCGUCCAAGUCUCGAAGAUUAAACGAAGAAGACCGCCGCAUUGUGUCUCAGACAAACACACUCUUAGAACAACUGAACCUCUUUACCCCGAUCAGUUGUGUAGAAGACCUCAAUGUUUUAACUUAUGUGUCCUUGUUUGAAGGACUUUGUGGGGAGCAUCUUGCAGGCAUUGUGCGGAACCCUUUAACGAAGGAAGAUGAGAUACAGAACUGUCAGAUUGUGAUUGACACUCUAGCCAGUGAUGUCCUCCACACGUCCCUUACACAUAUCUCUGGCCGACAGGUAGUCGAGCACGACCGCGAGUCUAUCCUCCAUUUCCUGGAGAUCUUCAGCGGCCUUCUAGAGUACAUACUCAACAAAAUUGAGAGUGAUGCAUCCACAGACAAUGACGGUGAAGAAGAUGUGGAUGACCCAGAUGCUGUAGAGCGAGAUGUGAUUGAUGAGAUACUGGAACGUGAAUUAAAGCGAGGUGUACAAGACCCCCUGUCUCCUGAGGGGAGAAGGAGGACAGACCUGUCUUCAGUAUAUUGGGAUGACAGGCCUGUGGCAGCAAGUCGUCCCAAAGAUUCACCACAAGGAAGAAACCUUAAGCAGAGUCAGGGGAGUUCUCCUGGUAUACAGGACUCCACAGCUGUCUCCUUUAGGCUUGACAGUACUGAAGAUUUGAUACGUCGAGGUGAGGCCCUAAUUCGGCGCACACAUCCAGGCGAGGAAUCACAUUCAGUUGAGGAGAGCUACCUGAAAACCAGACCUACACUACAUGCCCUUAUGUCCAAUAAACCAGAUAGGCUGCAGUCAAGAGAAACGGAGGACAAGCUCAAGUCUGAUCCCACUUAUGCCGCACGAUCAACAGACAAGCUGCUAGACCAUUACAGUGACUUAUACAACACCAAAUACAACGUCAACAGGGACCAACUAGGUCAGAGACAACCUGCCGCUGACCAGUUAGAUCCCUACAACAAUCUACGUUACAUGGUAGAGGAGACCGCAGCCCUGGCACGGGACGCAGUCGGGGUCUCACCCAACCGUGCACGUACCAUUCUACAGAGCAUGGACAACAGCUACAACAAACAGGCUAGUCCCACGCGACAUGGAGCCAGAAGUCCACACAGGAAAACAAAGAGUCCUGUACGGCUGACAGGCAGUGAUGAUGAUCUUCAUUCUGAUACGGAGCUGACGCCGAGCAGAGCCAAGCGGAAAGUUUCAUUUUUGACAGAACGAUCCACUACAGAUUCCAGUCCUAGCUUCCUUAAAUCUAGUCCACAUAAGUCACCACCUCGUAAAGCAUGGCAGGAGAGAGAUGAACGAUUUGAUGCAUCACCCACAAGACAGAUGGGAAGAGGCAGGAGUGUGACUCGACCUUGUAGGGUCACUGAGGACUACGGUAGCUACCUCGCCAACAUUGAUGAUCUGGAGGAAAAGGAGAACACAUCAGCUUAUGAUGACUACCUCAAGAAACAGUUCCACGAGAUUAUAGAUGAGGUGUUAAGUGAUGAUGAAGUUCUUCCUCAACGGUUCAAGUCCCGGUCAGAUCAGCGGAGAGUCCGAGCUGACCGCGUCCCAGACAAGUCAAAAGGCACCUACAGUGUAGUGGACACACACAAACUUAUGGCGAAAGAGAGACAGGCUGGCAAGAAAAAAGUUGAUUUUCUACACAAGAUAUAUCAGGAAGACUUAGAUGAACUAAAAUAUGAGGCCAAGCAUGAACUAAAGAAGGACAGAAAGAGUGCCAAAGAUACAGAAACAGUUUACAAGAAAAAAGUUUUGACUGGUCAGAAAAAAGGUGUUAUUAAGCCAAAAGAGUCAGUGUCUUCCAAGAAGAAACCCACAGUCAGUACUAAAGCCAAGAGACGGACACCGAGUGGAUUGAUACCCGCAGGCAAACCAAAGUUGACAAUCAAGGACGAUGACGAUAUCUUACCACUACUGUUAAAGGAGUUCCCUCACCUUCACUUGUCACUACACACGUGGCACGAACUGUGGCGCAAAGGUAUCAACCAAAUUGAGCAGGUCACGCGUGCAAACCAGGAGGUCAGACGCAAAAAGUCCCAUGCAAAGGCAGAGCUUGAGGAGGCUGAAAAGAGACAGCAGAUCAUGGUGAACAUUAUGAAGAAAGAGCUUGAACAUCAACAAAGAAUGAAAGAGAUCAAGGAAAGACAGACCCAGGGAGUGGCAGCUAAAAAUAGAAUACACGAGAAGCGCACACAGUCUGCAAAGACUCGUCAGUAUUACGAUGAGUACCAGGUACGCAUGCGCUCCAAGAUGCUGAAAAGACGCACGAAAGAGGAGAUGGUGUUUAAGAAACUGUUCAAAGAUGGUCUUGAUAUCCAGAAGGACCGGGUGAAAGAGCUAAGGAAGUAUGCUAAAGAACAGAGAGACAGCCAGUCCAAAGUACAGAGGAACGAAGUCGAGUCCCUCGAAAACUACUACCGGGAUCAGUUUGACAUGCUUGCCGAAUCUGUUACCAAGGAACGUAAAGAAACACAGACAAGAGAAAAGGCUCAACAGAAGGUGCUGGAGCAGAUGAAGAAGGAGCUGAGGAGGAAGAUGGAGCAGGAGAUCAGGGAGUUACAGGAUCAGCUGUGUCGUGAUGACGACGAUGCCUACUUCAGGCAGCUAGAUGCUGACCGCGUCAUCAAAGACUUACGUAUUGCAAAGUACCAUGUCGGUGUAUAGCAUAUACAGGCUCCUCAGACAUUUCACCACGUUUAGUUAACAGAAGUGUCAGAUUGGUAACUAAAGAAGCUGCUGGCCUAUAGACUCCUCAGACAUUUCACCACGUUUAGUUAACAGAAGUGUCAGAUUGGUAACUAAAGAAGCUGCUGGCCUAUAGACUCCUCUCAGACAUUUCACCGCGUUUAGUUAACAGAAGUGUCAGAUUGGUAACUAAAGAAGCUGCUGGCCUAUAGACUCCUCAGACAUUUCACCACGUUUAGCAAACAGAAGUGUCAAAUAUUAGUAACGAAAGAUACUGCUGGCCUGCAGUAUCCUAGGAAAAACUGUGAUAUUACAUUAAUUUAAAUAUAACAUAUCAUCAUCUUGAGCAGUCACAAGCUGACAUCUUAGAUGAUCAUGGUGUUUUUGUAGGUUCUAUGUAGAUAAGUCAGUACUUUUGUCAUUACUAAGUAUGUAUAUAUAUAGUGGGAGGUACCCUGAUCAUGUUUAAUGGUUGAUUUUCCAGGUUUUUUUGGUUCUUCAUGCUAUUGGUACACUGCAUGGUGAAGUGUGUUUUGUCUGACAGUUUGGGAGAAUGUUAGUGUAUGAUUGUCUUUUUAGAUGCAUGAUAUUUCUCUGAUAAAGAUGUAACUUUGAAGUGAAAGAAAACAUAUUUUGUAUGCUGUAUUUCAAAGUGAGAGAAAACCUGUUUUUGAUUGCUGUAAAGUUACACAUUGUAUACGAUUUUUCACAAGGUUUAUUUCAAUUUUACCAGUUUGAAAAUUCAUGAAAUGUACAUGAUGAAUAUCAUUGAAUGUGUAUUUUGUAAAUGUUCUUCCAACAAUGUUUUGAAAGAAACAGUGACAGCUGUUUAUCCCUUAUUUAGAUAUUUUCAAAAUAAUUCAAAAUCAACUCUUACUUACAUAUUAUCUGGAAGGGGCCAUAGAAAGUCCAAGAUAGCCGAUAUAUAUAUAUAUAUUGUAUAUAAAUCAAACAGAUUUAUUGUUACUUUAGUGAAACCAUUUCUUUCCUGAGACAUAACAGGGUUGGGGGCUAGAUCUACACCCUACCUGUAACCUAUCUGAUGCAGUGUGUAUACGCUCCCUAUAGAUAGGCAAAACGUCUGGGGUCGCGUGACAUGAAAAAUAUACAAUUUCGUCACAUCAAUGUACAUGUACAGGUAGAAAUAAAAUCACUCAAUCAUAGCUUGAC